AUGGAAGAUGGUGACAUUGACAUACCACCCUUUUGGCAACCACCAGCCACCAUUACACGGCGGGGGCACGGCCGUCGUCCAUCGUCGUCUCGGUUGCUAAACUCGUCUUUGCUAAUUAUCCUCCUCCCUUCUAUCUCUCUUCUUUUCGUCGUCUUCAUUGUCAUCCCUUCAAUUCCCAAAAUCCUUCCACAUUACAUCAACAAACCAAUUAAUCCUCCACAAAACCAGAAAGCUAUCUCAGUGAAGAAGAGCUGGGACACCGUCAACAUAAUCCUCGUUCUCUUUGCUAUUUUAUGCGGUGUUUUUGCCAAAAGAAACGACGAUUCACCGGCGACUACGGAGCGUGAAGAGACGCGCAACCACGAACAACCACUUACACAUUCUACUACUACAACAAAUAGUAAUAUUAGUAGUAGUAGUGUUAAUACUGUUUUACUACAAAGGAGUAAAACUAUGAUGAGUAGUGUACCACAAUGGGUUGAGUACUCUUCUCAGCAGCAGAGGAUCAUCAGCUCUCCGAAUGCGCCACCGGAUACCGGAAUCUCACGGUUGCGGCGGACGGUUAGUUCGGAUCCUUACAUGAGGUAUCAAACCGGUAAUAGCCAGUUCCGGUUCUUUGAUGAUCUCGAUAUUAGCAAGUUUUAUCCUAAAGAGGAUCGUGUUUUAAACGAUGAGCUUCAAUCUGAUGAGGUUGCGGCGGCGGUGGUGGAGGUGGAGGAAGUGGACGACGUUGAAACUUCGACGGUGAAGGUAAAGGUGAAGGACAUUGAGGUUGAUACUUUUGCAACUGAAAAUAGAGGAGAAUUACCGUCACCGACAUUUUCUCCGCCGAAAACUCCACCGCGAAAUCCACCAGAGGCACCACCACCUCCACCGCCUCCUCCUCCGGCAAAGCAGAGACGGACAUUUCAGACAAUUCAGCAAAGGGGGCAGAUUCCACCGUCUCCGCCUCCGCCUACACCACCGCCGCUGCCGCGACGUGGACGAGAAGAGAAGAAGAGGAGUUCUCGAAAGCGGAACGCAACGAAGGAGAUCGCAACAGCUAUUGUAUAUCUUUACAGUCACAGGAAGCGAAAGCGACGGCAAAAAUUGAGCAGGAAUUUCGAAGGUCCUUCACAUUCGGAAAUUCAAUCGCAUUUCGUUCCUCCGCCGUCUCCACCACCUCCUCCACCGCCAUUACCACCUCAUCCAUCGGUUUUCCAAAACUGGUUCAAAAAAGGGAGCAAAACCAAAAAAAUCCACUCCUUCUCCUCCAUACCAACACCUCCGCCACCGCCAACACGCCAAAAUCCGGUAAAUUCCGCCAGAAAACCGCCACUUCCUUCGAGGAGAGAAAGUGGAAACGAGUCUCCGAUGAACGGAAUACCUACGCCACCUCCUCCGCCGUUUAAGGUAUCGCAGAUGAAGUUUAAACCAAUGGAAGAUGGUUAUGUUAGGGUACAGAGCGCGCAGAGUUCUAGGUGUGGGUCGCCUGAGAUCGACGGUGCUGAUGAUGACACGUUGUCGAGUUCAAGUAACAUGAACGGUCAGGAUGUAGAGAGGCUGAGUUCGAUGACGUGUCCGAGUCCAGAUCUGAACGUGAAAGUGGCCUCGUUUAUUGCACGGCAUCAUGAUGGGUGGAGGCUUGAGAAGCUCAACUCUUGGAGAGAGAAACUCAACAAGGCUGGUGAUGGGCCCAUUUCUAGGCCCACAUUCUGA